AUGCAUCCAUUUCUAUACUUUCAACUACUCUCACAUGCGAUUAUUAUGCCAAAGAGUGCUACAGCCAAAGUCAAACGAAAGCAGAAUGUGGUCAUUUUAAAAAGUCCAUCGGGACAUUGUCGUUUCUGUGGCCCUACUUAUAAAAUGUCAGGAGUUUCAUGUGUGUUAUUACUCAACUCUUCAGAAGGAAGUACUGACCCACAAACACUGGAGAAUCUUAUUAGGAAAUUAGAACUUCUUGGUGCACGGAAAUGUGGUCGAAUGCAUAUUGAGAGUGCAGUUUACUUUUCAAAUCUUCCCAGGUCUCAAUGUAAAACAUUUCAAAUACUGACAUCAACUGAAUAUCCAGCAUCGUGUUUUCUGUUCUCAGAUAAUCAAACUGCUUUAGUUGCUGACUUAUCAUUUCGUGAAUUUCCAGGUUAUUUAAAGGCUUUUUAUCAACGCAAAAAGAAAUUACAAGUUGAAGCUAAGGGAGUAAAAUAUCAGUUAGGUGAUUUCGGUAUUAAUUUUGUCACAUUGUUCAUGGGGCAAAGUGCUGCAGUUAAGGGAUAUUUAAUUGAGGUUUCUUUCCAAGCAUCAUGUAUGAUACACUUGUGCCGGGAUAUCUUGAAAGCUUUCAUUACUCAAGUAUUACCAGAUAUAUGUCCUCCAGCUAACAGUUCAACAGAACACAUAUUUAGUCCAUCGUUUUUACAAGCUGUUGAAACUGGUACAUUUGAUGCUCCACGUUGGCCUCCAAGUCAAUUGGCUUUUCCUGUUGAAAACAAUUUUCUACAAAAUGAUUCACCACUCUCACAUGUAUGUGCUAGACUCACUAUGACACAGUAUGCAGAACACAUUAAUGUUGUUCGACGUUUAUCAAGACAAUCUGUAAAUACACCAAACACGCUUGGGACAGAUGGUUCUGGAUCAUACGCUCCCCCUCCUCAUAACAAUCCAUCUAAUCAAACUAAUUCAAGCAAUCGUCCUCGUGAUUGUUUAUCCUUGUUUUUUCAGUCUGAUAUCAGCGAGCAGUUGAAAAAAUCAGAUUUGAAAAAAUUGGAAUCUAUUCAUGCUAGAUUAUCUAAACACUGUGAACUAUGGUCUGAUGAACUUGUAUAUGAAUUAGAAACUCGUCAUCGCUUGCAUGAUCAACUUAAAGAUAAAUAUGAGAAUAUUACAUUCAUACUUCAAACCGAAUGUAAGAGAAAAGGACAGGAUGCAAAUCUGAAAUUCAGCAUAGAGCCUCGUUUGAGUGAUGAAGCUUUUGAUGAAUGGGUUAACGCUAUACGUCUCAUGGCUCGUUUAGGUGAUGGAUUGCCAGCAUCUAUUCGUGCACGCGUAUGGUCAACUCUUGCAGAUCGGCAGCUGGCUAAACAACAUGUGGACUGGGAUCAUGUUAUUAAAGUGGCUUUCAAUGAACCAUCCAAUCAAGAUGAUGAUAGAUUAGGCGAACAGAUUGUAAAAGAUCUACAUCGUACUGGAUGUGAACAGUUUGGUUCAGAUUCUGACAGAGCAUCAUUAAAACGUGUACUUCUGGCUUACGCUCGAUGGAAUAAACGUGUAGGCUAUUGUCAAGGAUUCAAUAAAGCAUUUAAGAUUAUGGUUUACCUAAUUGACUAUGUCUUACCGGAAUCAUAUUUUGCACAAAAUCUACAAGCGCUUUCAGUAGAUAUUGCUGUCUUUCGUCAACUUUUACAGACAAGACUACCUGAAUUAGCCAACCACUUGGAUCAGUUGCAAUAUAAAGCUGCUUUAGAAACUGAAUAUCAGUCGGGAGCAAAACGACCACCGUUUGAUAAACAGGAUAUUGUAUCAGGGAAAAGUCAAGGUGCUUAUGAGCCACCAUUAAUGAAUGUUUAUAUUAUUCAAUGGUUUCUUACACUAUUCGCUACUUGUUUAGCUCCGGAUGCAGUUCUACGUGUAUGGGACAGUAUCCUACUUGAGGGUUCUGAAGUGAUUCUAAGAACUGCAAUUGUUAUCAUGGAUUUUCUGAAAAGCCGUUUGUUAAAAUUAAAGUCAGCUGAUCAAUUUUACACUACUAUGAGUGAUUUAAUGUCAGCGCUUGCUGAAGGGAAAAUUGUCAGCAGUCAAGAAUUAUUAUUUGAAAUAUACGAAUUAGCACCAUUUCCCUAUCCGGGUCUGAAAGAAUUACGCGAAAAGUUUAUGUAUAAUAUUGCACCACUAGUUCUGACCAAUAUGAAUAAUAAUCCAUUUACUGAUUGUACUACUAAGGAUGGUCAAAAUAAGAAGAAAGCUGAUAAAUUCAACUUUCUGAAGUAUUUUUCUACAAGCUUUAAAAAACCAGAAUCACUAGAACCUACUAGUACUGUCAAAACUCUAACAAAAUUCAAGAAGGAUAAGUUGACACUCAUAUAA